AUGUUCAGAAUUCACAAAACCCUCGACAUAAUAACCGUCUUCCACAAACCCUCCCUCCCCGGCUCAACACGUGUCGUCAACCUCCUCCGCACCGCAUCCGCAAACGCCACUGAAAUUGCAAACUCCACUCCAGACCAAGCCAGUGAUCCUACGCCCUUCGCAAAGGGUUCAUCGGGAGCAGACGCUCCCCUGCGCGACGACUUUGAGGUUGAAAUUACAGAGUCUCUACCUACACCGGAUCAAUUGAGUACGAUAAUUGACUACUUGGGGUCAAAGGGUGUGAAGCCUGGUGCCGUUGUGCAGGGUGCGGCUAGUAAGGCUGAUGCGUUGAAGAAGUUGAGUGAAACUGGGUUUGCAAGGCCUAUCGUGGUCGACUGGAGUAACGGAAAGGCCGUUAUAGGCGACAACGAAUCGGAAAUUCUGCGUCUGUUAAGGAAAGGGGAUGAGUCGAUCUAA